AUGGCGCAGGAUGCUCCUCGGGCACAGCCGCCAUCCAGUUUCCCAAUUCCAGUCCAACCAGCCACUUCGACAAACGUGACGGGCAGAGCAUGCACGACCACAAAGCGUGCUUCUAAAGGUUCAGCUGUCUCCGAAUCCACAAAGGCAUCUACGGCCGCGACUUCAGAACGUGCCCGAUUUUCUGGCGAUUCUCAAUUACAAUGGCGGGCCGUUAGGACUGUGCCCACAUGGGUCCAACGUUACGAAGAUGAGGGUGAGUUGGUAGACCAGGGUCCCGUGCUUCCACCUCCAACGCAUAAGUCGCCCCAGAAGUCGAUAUGGGAUAACCGAAGGGAGAACACACCUGUUACUCCUCGCCCGAGUGCUAGUGCAGGCGAAGGCAGCAGAUGGAGGAACUUUGCAGAACAUUCUUCGGGUCGACCUUUUACUUCGGCAUCGGAGAGGAAGGAUUUGGAAAGUGGGGCUGUUUGGGGAGACGAUGGACUUUCAGCUCCAUGGCUCGCAAAGAAGGGCGAGGGUGAAGGAGAAGACGAGGAGGAGAACACCAAGAGGGAGAUAUUCGGUAUCAGUGCCAAACAGAGGGAAAUUUGGUACAAAAGACUCCAUCUGAUCCUUCUGAACAACCCAAUGGUCCCAUUGACGUUCAGAGCCAUCAUUUGGGUCCUCUCUCUUUGUGCAUUGGCAUUUUCGGCGAGCAUAUAUGUUCUCAGUAAAAAAAAUGGGACACCACAACUUCCAUCAACUGUGCUUGCGAUAGUCGUCGAUACGGUCGCGUUGGUAUAUUUGAUAUAUAUCACCUAUGACGAGUAUUCGGGGAAACCGUUAGGGCUACGUUCAGCCAAGGCCAAGAUACGAUUAAUCAUGUUUGAUCUUGUGUUUAUUAUAUUCGAUUCUGCCAACCUCUCCCUUGCCUUCGACACCCUAUACGACGUUCAACAGAGUUGCUCUGCCCUUCCUGGAGCCCCAGACGAAGAGACAUUCGACUAUGCCAGACGUUUUUUUACCAACGGGCCCAUAUGCUCCCGCCAGCGUGCGUUAGCAUCCUUUCUCUUCCUCGCCCUCUGCGCUUGGGUUAGCACCUUCACUGUCAGCAUAUUCAGAUUGGUCGAAAGAGUAUCGAGGACAAACGCCUAA